UCGCGAGGUGGCCUCCUUGGCUUCAUCGUCGCUUGCUUGCUUCGGUUUCCCAGUAUAAAUAUUCUGGUGCCCAGCUCCGGCCUGGCCCUUAGUUGUAUCAUCGUGUCCUUUUCCUUUCCUCCUACCACACACCAUUUCUUUCUCCUCCCCUUUGUUCCUCCAUUCAAAGCUUAUUACAGGCAUUUGCUUCUAGUACUCUAGUAGUCCCCAAGCACGAACUGAUUUUUCCGGUUCUGGUGCAGCAGCGGAUUAAGCUCGCAGCCAUUAGCAGAUAAUUAACCAGAUUUCCUCUAGCUAACCAUCUCUUUUCUUGAGCUUGGUGAUCGGCUCGACUUGUGUGUACAUACACACAUACGCACUCUACCUGGUAGGACGGUUGCUUGAUCGAUCGAUAGGCAUAGGAAGAAGAUGAUGCGCGGGGCCAGGGAGCAGAGGGUGGCCUUCUCGCCGAUUAAGGAGGCCGCGGCGGUGCCCAAGGAGGAGGUGUGGGAGGUCCGGCCGGGGGGCAUGCUGGUGCAGAAGCGGAGCCCCGACGCGGACCCGCCCCCCGGCGGCGCGCCCGUGCCCACCAUCCGCGUCAAGGUCAAGUUCAACGGCGUCUACCACGAGAUCUACAUCAACGCCCAGGCCUCCUUCGGCGAGCUGAAGAAGCUGCUGUCGGAGAAGACGGGCCUGCACCCGGACGACCAGAAGGUGGUGUACAAGGACAAGGAGCGCGACUCCAAGGCGUUCCUCGACAUGGCCGGCGUCAAGGACCGCUCCAAGAUGCUCAUGCUCGAGGACCCCGCCGCCAAGGCCAAGCGCCUCCUCGAGGAGCGCCGGACCAGCAAGGCCGAGCGCGCCGCCAAGGCCAUCGCGCGCGUCGCGCUCGACCUCGACAAGCUCGCCACCAAGGUGUCGGCGCUGGAGACGAUCGUGAGCAAGGGCGGCCAGGUGGUGGACGCCGACGUGGUGGUGCUGACGGAGGCCCUGAUGAACGAGCUCGUGAAGCUGGACUCCAUCGCCGCUGACGGCGAGGUGAAGGCGCUGCGGCGGGCACAGGAGAAGCGGGUGCAGAAGCACGUGGAGACGCUGGACGCCAUCCGCGCCAAGCAGAGCAAGGCGAGCGGCAAGGCGCGGCCGCCGCGCCAGCCCCCGGCGGCGCAGCAGCAGCGCCGGCAGUUCCAGCCGCCGGCGCCCACCACCGCGACGGCCCCGGCGCCGCAGACGCAGACGGCGAGCUGGGAGACGUUCGACCUGCUGUCGUCGGUGCCGUCGACGUCGGCGGCCCCCGUGACGACCAUGGCCCCCGCGACCACCACCACGCCGUCCCCGCGGUUCGAGUGGGAGCUCUUCUAGAACGGAGGCGCCCGCCUGCUGCUGCUGGUCCCCCCUCUCCCGCGCCCCGCCAAAUGUGUGCCUGCCUGUCCAUUGGCUCGGCCGGUACCUUUCUUCUUGUCCAUUCACCUCGGCAAUGGUGCAAGUCAAUCGCCAUUGCUUCUUUCUUUCUUCUCCUCUUUAUUCGUUCUUUCUUUCUUUCUCUCCGUCCUUUGUUGAGUGUAUAUUGAUCUGAUCUCCACAAAAGAGAAGAAAAAAAAAGGCAAGAACUGCAUAGUGAGGUGAAGAAACUAGAAGCAAGCACAUCCAUGGUGUUGUUGUCUGUCUGUCUGUCUGCAAAAUAAGUGGUGGCCUGGCCUUGCGAUCGAUUGACAAAGGAUUUUUCCCAUGCCCAUAUGUGCACAGUAGCAGUACAAUGUACAGUGUACAUGAAUCAAAACAAUCUCCCAACACACACAUUUGUUUGUGCCGUGUGUACUGUAGUAUGAUGGGAUGGAUGGAUGGUUCUUCCUUCACCCCACAUUGUGCAACCCAACUAACAUUGCUCGCUGCUGGUUUGAUCCGGUGGAGUAUUCUGCUU